AUGGCGAAACUCAAGGCGCUCAACUUAAAGAAGGAGUUUUUCAACUCUGCCAAGCCAAGUGAACAGCAUAAAGUACGCGAAGGAUUAGCGAACAACAAGGGGCUGUCUCCGGGGGCAGUGGGCGUGGCACCACCACAACCGCCGCCACCGCCGCCCUUUUGUGCGGACACGCGCCCAAUAGCCGCUUUUAAUGGCAUUGAAAAUGGUCGCACCGAAGAUCCAAUGAUGACCAAAUGCGUGCCACCAUUCGUGCGUGAGUGUGUGCACGCCACGUACGUGCCUCGAACUGCAACGACAGCUGCUCCUGCCCCAGUUACCCGGAACCAGGAUCCUGGAUCCUGCGCCCAGGAUCCAGAAUCCGGAAUCCGGACUACAGCCUCCACUGUGGGACCAUGUGUGCGCAUAUAUAUUUAUUCCAUGUACAUAUUCCUGCUCGGCGCAAAAGAGCAGAGGUCCGGGGAAAAGGACACGGGUCGCAGGUCUGAGGACUCCGGACAAAGGGUGACUGCUGCCGUUUAUUGUCCUGCUCCUGCUCCUGCUCCUGUGGAUGGCGGAUGGCGGAGCACUGGAGCUCCGAAGCUCCGGAGAAACGUGGCCGGGCAAGUGACCCAGAAAUUACCAGUUACCAGCUAUAAAUGGCCACAUUUGAUAGAUUAUUUGUGCGUUAUUCCGACUUGCCAACGAAAACAAGAUUAG